AUGUCUAACAAUCUUGAGAAUUACUGCCCAAAAAUGAUACCAACCCAAAGUGCUAAAUACUAUGAUGGAACCACUACACAAGCAGGCUUUUUUGACAUUAUGGUUGCCAAUGAAGAGUUCAUUGACCAUAUUCCUGACAACCUCCCUCGUGAUGUCAAUGCUUCUCUCCUUUGUGCCAGUAUCAAUGUUCACAAUCCUUUGAGAUUCUAUGAACUUGACAAACCUGAUAUGCAUUUGGGUGUGAUUGGUCUGGGGAGGAAGAUCGUGGGUGGAUCUAUAUGUGGGGGAAUAAAGGAGACUCAAGAAAUGUUAUAUUUUUCAGCCGAGCAAAGUAUAACGACAGAUAUUGAGGUUACAGCGAUGGAUCAUGGACUGUCUUACCAAAGGCAGUGUUAG